AUGAUGGAUGCACUCGACGGUCGUGGUUACGUGACCACGCCACCCCUUCCGACUUCGUCCCCCGGCUGUGUCGACAUGAUGGAUAUGUCGCCGUUGCCGCACAAGGUUCCCUUCGUGGCCCACGUUGAGCUUCCUUCCCCGACCCCUGGCUCCGAUGAGAUUAUGGCGGAAACACCCGUCCCGCGUUCCGCCUCCCUACAGCCUUCGAAGUCUCUCGCCGGCGAGCGGAGGAGAAUUGGUCUCAGGCGGCCAUCUCUCACCCGUGCCAAAGGCCUUAGUGCUAUUGGCACGAUGGGCCGGUCACAGGGCGAGAACCAGCCCCCACCAUUCCGGUUUGGGGCCGGAGGGGAUGGCCAGCUUGGUUCUUCUCCCUCCUCGUCCCUGUCGUUGAGCGAAUGCUUCGAGGACUCACCCCCGCAGGCGCGACGCCCGAAGAGCGCCAACAGCCCGUGUGCUCCCAUGGCCGUCACCCGCCCCAGGGCGCACUUCAACAGUCUCAAUGGUUCGAGCGGCGUGCGCAACGGAUCCCCCAUCACCAGCCAAGGGCGGAGAACGGCGAAUCCUUUCCUGCGUCCGCGGAAACAGUAUCGGCGCUCUUUGAGCAUGUUUGAAAACGCUGGGGAUGUUGUGGGGCCAAAGAAAGAGGGACCGGCGUUUGCCUGCACGGCACUGCAGUCGGUCAUGGACCUCGAGGAACAAAACGAACCCGUCCUGCCGCACUUCUUCCCAGAGGACGAGUGCGAUAACAUCCCGCGCAUCACACGUGAAACGAUGCUGGAGGUGCUGGAUGGGAAGUACAGCGACAACUUUGAGCACAAGAUGAUUGUCGACUGCCGGUUCGAGUACGAGUACGAAGGAGGCCACAUUGAUGGCGCCAUCAACUACAACGAUAAAGAGCUGCUGGCGAGUCAGUUGGUCGACAACCCGAUGCAGGGCCGGACGCUGCUCAUCUUUCACUGCGAGUACUCGGCACACCGGGCUCCGAUCAUGGCCCGCCAUAUCCGCGCCCGGGACCGGAAUGAGAACGCGGCCCACUACCCCAAGCUCUUUUACCCCGAAAUCUACAUCUUGGAUGGCGGGUACAGCGGGUUUUUCGCUGACCAUCGCGAGCGCUGCUACCCUCAAGCCUACGUCGAGAUGAACGCCGUUGAGCAUGUUAACACCUGCGAGCGGGAGAUGAACCGCCUGCGCCAGAACCGCAGGGGCCUGGGUCGCGCGCAAACCUACGCCUUUGGGCAGCAGGACCCAGGGCUGCAGGAUUCGCCGACCGCACCAGCGCGCGUCAACUCUCGCGAUCGUGAUAUUUCGAGUGUGCUCGCAGCAUCCCCCAGCCUUUGCCCCGAACGCGGGCCUGCGAGGCGGAUGGUGUCCUAUUAA